AUGAAUAAUAACGCAGCAAUGCGCUCGGAUGUGUGUGAUAUUUUUGUCGCGUAAGUGCGCACCUGCGAAAAAUCCGCAAAGCUGUGAUUUUAGGCAAACACACGCCUUAGAGAGGGUCACAUUCACAUGAGUGUGUGUGGCCAGGAGUGUGAUCGGGUAACAGUGUGUGUGUAGAGGUGUUAUUUUGUAGCUGAUUGUGUAAAGACAGUGUUGCGGGGUUUUUAUUCGGGGGCGCGAGGAGGAGCAGGAGGAGGAGGAGGAGGAGGAAGAGGGUGAAGAAGAAGGAGAAGGAGAAGAAGGAGAAGAAGGAGAAGUGUUACGCAGAUUCGCCUCAAAGUGUCGGUGAAGUCCUGAUCUGUCCUUCCGCUCUCUUUGCCCUGGCAGUGACUCAGUGUUUGUUCUCCUGCCGGAAUGCCGUUAUCUCUGUGAGCGUUCAGCAUGGACCAGGCUGGCUGUGUGAACCUGUGCAGUCUGACCAGCACGCUGCCGGUGAUUCCGUACCGCAAACUCACCGACCUGCACUACAUCAGCAAAGGCGGCUUCGGCACCGUGUUCCGGGCGCAGCACAGCGACUGGCGCACCACCGUCGCCAUUAAGUGCUUAAAACUGGACUCCCCGGUCGGUGAAAGGGAAAGGAAUUGCUUACUGAAAGAGGCCGAGGUGCUUCACAAGGCCAGGUUCAACCACAUCAUCCAGAUCUUCGGCGUGUGCAACGAGCCCGAGUUCUUCUGCAUCGUCACCGAAUUCAUGACCAAUGGCUCUCUGGACGAGCUUCUGCAUGAGAAAAACAUGUAUCCAGUGGUGGCCUGGCCUCUCAGGCUGCGCAUUCUGUAUGAAAUCGCUCUGGGUGUUAACUUUCUCCAUAACAUGACUCCUCCGCUGCUCCAUCAUGACCUGAAAACGCAGAACAUUCUUCUGGACGGCGAGUACCACGUGAAGAUAGCCGACUUUGGUUUGUCAAAAUGGCGGCAGCUCUCAAUUAGCAAAGGUUCUGGAUCAAAGCCAGCUGAGAUGGGCGGCACCGUCAUCUACAUGCCUCCUGAAGAGUAUGAACCCAACAAGACUCGGAGAGCAGAUGUCAAACAGGACAUGUACAGUUAUGCCAUCAUCAUGUGGGAAGUGCUGUCUCGACGGAUACCUUUCGAAGAUGCUACAAACCCCAUGCAGAUAAUGUUCAGCGUCCUGCGCGGCUCUCGGCCGGACACCGGACUGGACAGCCUGUCAGCGGACAUCCCUGGUAGAGAGACGCUCAUUAACCUCAUGACGUGCGGCUGGACCGCUAAUCCCGACGAGCGCCCCUCUUUCCUCAACUGUCUUAUCGAACUGGAGCCCAUGCUACGGAGGUUUGAUGAAAUCGAUGUCCUGGAGGCAGUGCUGGAGGUCAAAAGGUCAAAAUUUAUGCGACCAUUGAGCAGCGCUUCAACAACGACGGCGAAUGUGAAAAGAACAGAUAAGAGUCUGAAGGAACAAAACACUCCCUGGCCAGAUACCAGCUCUACAUCAGGAUCAGGGUCGUGCUCCUCCCAGGACACGGAUAUCUCCCAACCAGGCUACCUUACCAUCUCCAAUCCAUCUCAUGCUGGACCAUUGUCAUCUGUCAUGUCCAUACCACUGGACACCCCAAAACCUUUAGUGGAUCAAGGCUCUCACAACAACCUGAAUCCUAAUUAUCAGACGGCUCAGCUCAUCUCGGAUUAUAGCACCCCCCUCAGACCACACCCGCCUCAAAGUGAGAGCAACCUGCCCAUAAACAUUCACCCGCUCACCCUACAGGCACAUCCACAAGAUUUCCUCAUGCCAUCGGACAGCCAGGGCCCGGCAGCGCGAUGGAUCAGCUCUCGACGGGAGGAGGUUGUGCGCCAGAUGACGGAGGCAUGUCUAAACCAGAGCCUGGAUGCGCUGCUGGCCCGCGACUUGCUCAUGCGCGAGGACUACGAGCUGGUGGCCAACCAGCAGACACGCACCGCCAAAGUUCGCAAGCUUCUGGACACAUGCGAGCGCCACAAUGAGGAGUUUUGCCGUGUGGUGGUGCGCAAACUGCAGGACAACAAGCAGAUGGGCCUGCAGCCAUAUCCGGACCUUACUUCCCCGACGCCUCCACCGCCCUACAGCGCCGCCAGCGCUCCACCGCUCUCCACCUCCAGCAAUAACAUCCGCAACAUCUUCUGAGCUUUUUAGCUUCCCUUAGAUCUGGACACUUGGAAUAGAGACCUAAGGGAUUUUCCUGCUUUGCUGCUUUUUCAUCAUUGGGAUAAAAUUUAUUGGCCUUGUACUGGAGCAAUUACACUCUCUCCCUGCUGUGGCUUUAGGACUGGACCACUUGUUCUUUUCAUCCAGAUUAUUCCCAAGCUUUUUCAGUCUUUUCUGUUGGAGUAAGUGUGCGAAAGAUUUCUGUCAUUUGAUCAAGACCAGUGACGUUGUCCUUGCCUUGGAGGGUCAUUGAGCAAUCCAAAUUACACCAUCAUAUCUUCUCAUUUUUAGGCUGAACUCAUCACUUGUGUUUAUAGGACAUGAGAAUGUUCAAUCUGUGAAGGUGACCCAGGAUCAGCCAAGCGAAAUCGCCAGCACUGUUUUACCACGGCUUGAUGGAAACCUCUACAAAGAAACUCGUCUUCCUUUUAGCUCAUGUUUUAUUUUUACGAUGCGCAUCGGUAUGAAGUUUUGUGGAGUUUAUACACCAGUUGGCUUUGUGAUAACUGGAUCUCACUUUGGUAUUACAUGCUGUGCUCACAAGGAUGCAAGAAAAUUGGUGGUUUGUUAUAGGUAUGUUUGCAGGUAAACGAUUUUUAAGUUAAAUGUACGUAUAGACCCGUGUGUCGAAGCAAAGCUUGUUGUGAGUUUAUAGAUUUUUAGCACUGGAUCAUACAGCUCUGGAUAUAACUGACAACUGAUUCCUUCACCUGAUCCUCCUUAACAUUGGAGUCAAUAAGUAAAGCCCCACCUUCCACUUUCUCCUACAUUCUAUGUCAGAGUAUGUUGCAUAUAAAAAAAAAAUUGAGCAUAGUUUAUACAUAUGUGUAUGGUCCUUCUUUCUUACAAAUACAUCCUUGUGUACGCAGCCUUCUUAGCCUGCUGAACUUCUUAAGGUUGACUGUCCAUGAUUGCUCACCUGAAAUGGCAUUCUGUAUUUCCUUUUGUGCAAUAUUUUGGGUGGAGCCCAGAGUGGCCAUUUUGGAUUACAGUAGUUCACUACAUAUUACCCACAUCGUACGGUUAUAUUAUGAUAUAUAGUAUUAUAGUAAGGCAAUGUACAAUACUUCACCUGAAAUAAUGAACUACUACAGGAAGGGAAUGCUAAAUCACUAGCAUGGGUUAGCAUAGGUCAUGGUUAUGCUAAGGCAGGGGUGGACAAAUCAUAAUUUAUUCACUAGCCACCAGGCAAGUCAGUGCUCCAAUGUGCUGCUCAGUCCCAUGUUACGCUUGUCCAGCUAAAAACCUCAAGUACACCUUGCUGCAGAACCAGAAGUCCAGGGGGUGGACUGAACCUGAUCCAGCUCCUCCUACCUGGGUGGAGUUAAAUCAAAAGUCUGGGGAUAUGUGUUUCAGUUUGGAUAAGUGUGUUUGUUCCGUGCUGUACAACGUUUCAUAGGUUAGGGUUAGCCUUAUAGGAGGCUGGACACCCCCCUGGACUUCUGGUUCUGCAGUGAGCUGUAACUAAUUUAACAGUUUGACAAGUUAAUUUCACACAUGAGCUAUGGGCAUUAAGCAGGUACUUGAAUCCCUUAGAGAAAAAUACUUCCUAGCAACACCCUUGUUGUCAGAGUGUGUACACAGUGCAGCAGUUGGAGGGAUUCAGAAAAAGGGUAGCCACAGCAUCACGGUGCUUAGCGGCACUGAGGAAUAUAUCGAAAAUUUGCGCGUGUUAUGUUUAAACAAACAUUUCUACGGUGACCUGUGAGUGCAAAACACAUUAGCAAGCCAGCAAAUCUGACUACACAUGAUCACUAACACAAAAUGGAAAGGGUCAGACCUUGUUGAACGUCCCAGAAUUCCACGUUUUCACUCUGUUGUCUUGUUAGUCUAGCGAAAACGAUUUAACGCAAAGUUACUUAUGUGAUAAUUCUGAGGAGGAAUUCUUUCUACUGAAUAAGCCGGCUUCCUUUAGGUGUGUUAGGUGGGUUUUCAGGGUUCGCAAACUCAUAUUAAUGUCGUGCGAAGUUGAUAGCAUCGAAAAUAACAUCAUCUGAUAAAAAUAAACGUGAAUAAAAGCAUCCGUAGACUCAUUUAGUCCAUAGCGCAUAAUUCCUCUUACUAUAAAUUGUCCGUUUUCCUUUGCGUCAAAAACAAGCAUAUGAUGUUCAAUAAGGGCCGCCCCUUUCCACUAUGAGUAAAUGUUGAUGUGUUUGCUGUUGUGUUUUUUGUUUUUCGCUGAUGUAUCGUUUUGUCUUGCUGUCCUCUUUAUUGUUUUGUUUUCUGAUUUGCGGCUGUGGAUUUUGGGUUUCCUGUUGGGUUUUCUGGUUUGCUGUUGCAUUUUGGUUUGUUAAUGUGUUUUACACUUGCCUUGCCUAUCAAAAUGAACAUUUUACUUUAGGAGUAGUUAAUAUGAAGUAGGACUUUUCUUUCGCUGAUUGUUGGAUGAGACAAAUAAGAAAAACUCUGAUGACAGUUAUAAUUAACAUGCAGCUGUAAAUUAGUGGUGGGUGAUAUGAUAAAAAUUAUCAUAUUAUAUGAUACAUAUACAUACUGUAGAAAUGUGUAUCAUGAUAUGUAGCCAGGAAAAUCGUUUAAAACCUUUAAAAAUGCUUUAAUUUGAAAAAUAUAACAAAAAAUGUCAAAAAAUAAUGUUUAAAAAAAAUCUAGAUUCAGAAAGGUAGGAUGUAUUAACCUCAAAACAGGUACUUAAUGAGUGCAUUACUAUUAUUUAAAUGGUUCUUUAAAAGAUUUUUUAACGUUAAAGUUCAAAAGUUAAUAUCAUUUUUAAAAUAAAAUGGAUAAAUAAAAAUCAAAUUUUAUCAUUUUUUAAAUAUAAAAAGAUUUCACGAUAUCUGCGAUAUCUCAGAAAAGACUACAGUGACAUAAUUUAUCACAAUAUUGAUAUAUCGUCGUAUCGCCCAGCACUACAGUGAAUGAACAACGGAUAGCUUGGAUUUGUAAAUUUUUCCUCAUUCCAGGCGAGUGAUUUGUCCACCCUGUAAGCCAACAGAAUACGGUAUUUCUCUGAAUUCCCCGACCCAGAGCAUGCACGAAUCAUUAUCAAAGCACUGAACCCUGCUACAGGGAAUAUUUCUGCUACUGGAUCUUGAGCAUUUAUUUUCAGUACAUCUGGCACUCAUCGUGUCUGUUUAUUGCGACACUGUAGAAUGUGUUUGUGUUUACAGCAGCGUUAUUGCCGCGUGGAUUUGGUCUCUAUGAGCUACACUUGACCUAACGGGAUCUUUUCCCUCAUUAUGUCAACUGGUUUUGUCGAUUGUAGGGUUAUAAAAGCUGCUUUUUGCACUGGGUUGCUUCUAAAUGGUCACUAGUGACUUUUUUUUUUUUUUUUUUGUACUGCUGAUGAUGGGCUUGCUGAGUCGCUUAGCUUUUUUGUUGGUUAGGUUACACUUUAAGAAAGUAACACCGGGUUUGGAAUUCCAUCUGCUUUGACUUGGUUCUCAAUGGUUCUCAUUUAGUAUUUAAAGAAGAGAGUAAGUAUUUGAUUAUUUGCAUGUUAUUAAGCGAUGCAUAAGACAGUAUCAUCGGCGUAUUUGCGUAUUAUGUUUGCAUUAAUAUUUUGCAGAGUAUUGUGCCAAUUUGUAGGCGCUGAUCAUGAGGCGUCAGAACGUCACAUUGCAAUUGCAAUAUUGUAUCCUGUCUGUAGGGUGAAUUUAAAGACAAAACAAAACAAAAAAAAACUCUGUGCCAAACUGAACAUUGCCUUAAUGAUAUAGAUGCUAGGCAUUAAAUGAAGAGGAUUAUUUUUGUCAUAACAGCAUUAUUCCUUUAUUUUGUUGUAUCUCUAAAAGUGCCAUCUCUUGCCUCUUGCCUUCUUUCUGUAAAUCUAAAUGCUAUCAUGAGAAACCGUGUGCACAUUACAAACAAUGCAUAGCCAAUGUAGCAAUGUACAGGUGUCAGGAAUGCGAUCUAUGUACGUGCUAUAGUAUGAACGUAAUGAGAAACUUCCAGAGAAGUUCUGUGUUAUUAAAAUGUGUAGCUCUCCUUUA